AUGGUUGCAAAACAUUUCAGAGAAUCAAGUACUGGUCCAAGGAUAACAGUUGGUAAUGCAGCCGUGGGAGAGAACUCAGACAAAAGUUUCAUUGAAGCUGCUCUCGAAGCGGGUGUCAAAUGGGUGAUUCCAACCGAAUUCACUGCCGAUAUUAGCCAUCCAUUUGCUGCACCUCUUCCGAUCUUUGCUUCGAAAAUCGCCGUCAUCAAGUUGCUCAAAGAGAAUGAGUCACGCAUUGCACACACAUUCAUCACAACUGGCGGCUUUCUCGACUGGGGUUUGGAUAAUGGUUUUCUUGGCUUUGACAUUACCAGUCGCACAGCCACUCUUUACGACGACGGCAAACACGCAUUUUCCGGUACGACUCUUUCCAGUAUCGGAAAAGCUGUUGUUGCUGUCAUUCAUCAUCCUGAAUUGACCUUGAACAGGCGCAUCUAUAUUGCCGACGUCACAGCCACGCAGCAGCAAGCCUUGGAUUUGUUCGAAAAGUACACGGGUACAAAGUGGACGGUCAAGCAUACCAGUACGGAAGAUGAGUUCAAACGAGGAGCAGAGUUAUUCGCAAAAGGAGACUUCGCACAAGGCGCUCAUGGAUAUCUGAUGGCUGUGGCGUUCAAUGGACAAGGCGCAUGCAAUUUUGAAGGCAAGACAAGCAACAAGGCCUUGGGAAUUGAGUCGAUUUCGCUAGAACAAAUUAUCAAAGAAGCAGCUGAAAGAAAAAAAGCGGCUAACUAA